AUGUUGGACGUUGUGGAUCUGCAGCAAGAAACCGGUGACCCGGCAGAGCCGCUUGAACUUCCGCCUCCGCCUCCUCCUGAACCUCCGCCCGUGCCUCCGCCUCCGCCCCUGCCGCCUGGGCAAUCACCGGCAACUGCGCCUGCCAAGCCUUCAGGCCACAAAAGCACGAGAGGCAGCCCUUUCACGGUGACUGGGACCAAGCCAAGCAUUACACAAGAGCAUGCAGCUACCUUUAGUUGGUUGAUCGCAACAGCGCAGACUAGAUAUGGGCCUGCGACGCUUUCAGAGUGUUCUUCUGAGGUGAUCACGACGGAUUGUGUGGGGAAGCAUGCGAAGGACUUGUUUUCACAUGUUGCUGCAAGCCUGGGCUGGCGGGAAGUGGACAUCGCAUCAGCAACAGCGGAUGAAAGCAGGAAGCGACCUGUGAUCUUUUGCGUUAUGCAAACCUCAGACUUACUGAAGCGCUGGUCCCAACUUGGCCCACGAAGCUGGGUGUCGCGAUACUUUGGAGCUCCGGAGUUGUGUGAUAAGGGGAACUUGGCGCGAAUGAUGAGAUCUUGUCAGCGCCUGUGUCCUGAGGGACAUUUCCAGUUCAAUCCUCGCACGUGGGUUUUGCCAGAGCAGCUGGAAGAGCUUCGGGGCGUUUUGGAGAAGUCCAAGAGUACCUACAUUGUGAAACCGGAGGAUGGCUCGCAGGGCGACGGCAUUUUCUUGGUGCAAGGCUUGCAUCAGCUGGACAUCAAGCUUUCUGCACAAAGUGGAGCGGCGGUGGUGCAGAAGUACAUCAGCAAACCUUUACUUCUCCAUGGGCUCAAGUUUGACCUUCGCAUGUAUGUUUGCCUGGCGGGAGGCUCGUCCAGGGCUCCUCCUGCAGCUUGGCUUUGCCGCGAGGGCCUUGCCCGCUUCUGCACGGAGGCUUACGAGCAGCCGUCAAAGAAGAACAUGCAUCGGUGCAUGGGACAUCUGACCAACUAUUCGUUGAACAAGCGCAGCAGCAAGUUCGAGCAUUGUGGCCAAUCAGUGGAGGAAGUCUACAAUGACGCCAACACGGCUUCAAAGCGUCCUCUCACAGUCUGCUUGCGGCAACUCUGCCAUGAACAUCUUGACUUCGACAUUGAGGCAUUUUAUGCUGAUGCAGUCGGGAUAGCCCAGAAAGUCCUCGGCAUCAUGGCGCCGACAUUGACAUGUCAUCAUCGACAGCAUGGCAGUUCCGAUGAGAUGAGAUGCUUUCAGGUCUUGGGCUUCGACGUUAUGCUUGGCCAUGAUUUCAAGGCUUAUUUGCUGGAGGUGAAUAAUUCGCCUUCGAUCAGUAUUGAUGAAGCGCUUCCCAUUGAACCAGACAUGGGUGAAGAGAAGCUUUGCAGGUGCAUGGACAUGGCUGAAGUGCACCGUCAUCAGACGUCACUGGUGGACUUGGAGGUAAAGUCUGCAGUGAUGCGCGAAACGUUCCAGGCAUUGCUCGGAAUCGACACGAACGGCAGCGUCGAGUCUGAGAAUUUCAUGCAUAUCCCGGUGAGCAACGACAGCCUCUGGCAACUGCUAGCACGAGUCGAGGCAUUCUACUAUCAAGCCGGAGGAGCUGACGUUGUGCUCUCUCUUGUGCUUUCCCCUGGCACGCGCCGCCUGCAGGAGCCUCCAAGGCCUUCACGAGCACUGGCCUCCGACGUACUUUCGGGCCUUUGUGCAGCACAGGUGGGAAUGGCAAUAUGUAACAAUGUAACUUCGGAGGUGAGGCUCUGUGAACGACAGCAAUUCCCUGCGCGAGCGUGGGAAAGCAGCCGGUGA